UAAAGGUAAAGGUUGAAGAAUUAGAGGCGGAGAUGCAAGAUAGGUGUACGUGCGCGCAGGCAGGAUCGAGGGCGACUGUAUACGGUCGCGACCGAACGAGGUCGAACGACUGGAACCUUCCGUGAAAAGCCCAGAGGAUAUCGGCGUCGCGGUCGAAUCGUUGGAGAAACGCAACAUCGCGAUUUCGUUUCCUGCUACUCGCUCGUUAGUGGAUCAGAUUUUCACGUUUCGUCGAUGAUAACCCACGCGUUACUCAUAGAGACGGAAAUAAAGAGAAAGUUAACCGGAAGGAGUACAAAGUUCGUUCGUUCGAUAAAUCGAUUAAAAUUAGGAAAUCGAGAAUCGAAAGAACGGGUUGUGACAACUCGUGGCAGAAACGUUCUUUUGCGUUUUCAAUCUGAUAAAUUUGCGUGAGAAGCCGCAGAAUAACGCGUGGCUCCGCGACGCGAGGUGGAUGGACGGGACGUACGGGACGAGACGGGACGGGACAGGACGAGACAAGACGAAACGACACGACACGACACAGGGGUUGGCGAGGAGGAGCGCGGUGAAACGAUGCGAAACGGGUCGUAGUAAGGCGAGGUGAGGUGAAACGAGACCAAGCGGGGCCCCACCAACGGCGCGCGCCCCAGGAAAGAAGGCGGCGCUUACGACCGACCACACCGGACUCUAUAUAAAAGAGACAAACCCCCCGAUCUGAUUAGCAAAGUUCCAAACACGCGUAAAAGUGCAUUUUACUUACGCUUUAAACGGCCUAAGCUUUCGUGCGUCACGAGUUAUCAACGCAACACAACGAAAACAUAGAAAAUAAAUUGAAAAGAAACAAGGAUCACGUGGUUUAAAAGGAAUUAACGCUGCAUCGGCGUUCGACGAUCCAGAGCAUCGAAGCCGAUAACUAUUGAAGAAGAGAAGAAAAAUCGUGUUACACACCAUACACGUUCGUUCACUCUGUACAGGCGCAAAGCAAAAAUCGACGCGUAGACGCAACGUGCACGAGAACGAAGCAAGACUAACGAACGAGCAAAAAGCAGAUAACACGGCAUAUAGAGAACGGCACACAGCACGCGCGGCAUCCCACGACAUUGUACGAAUAGCAACAGAAGGGUAGCGGUGGCGUCAUUGGUACCGUUUCAGUAGUGGUGGAUUGUUCACGUGGCAUCGUUUAGGUUCUCUGAUCAUUCUCCGUCGAGUCACGCGAGAGGGUGGUCGCGUGUAGAUACGUCGGAAAAGCAAGCCGGAGAAAAGAAAACUCGCACAACACGUUCGAGCUGUUCGAAAAAUAGACCGCGUGGCUCGCCUCAAUCGAUAGAAGUCGUACGCAUCGAGACAUCGGAGACAACGAUUCGAUUUACGCUCAAGCCACACCGUUUAUCACGAUAACACGAAACACUUGGUACGACAAAGCAUUAACGGAAUUUUCCUGUCGAAUAGUGGAGGAUCGAUCUAAAGAUCGGAUAGAAGAAAGUCGUUGACGGAUAUCAAGAAUCCGGCUGACAGGCAGAUUCGAUUCGUUUCGGCGCGGUUUUGCCUCACGAUUGAUCGACGAAAUCAACUUAACGAGAUAAACAUUUCGAGGCAUUCCGACAAAAUGUCCAAUUCCCAGAGAAGACGGAUGAUGCAGCCAUGGCCGCUGUUCCUAGUGCCUUUUCCAAAAUCGAAGGAGCGAAACAUCCUUCCACGAUAUUACACGAAGGUGCCGUCGGUCGCGAGGUCGACCACGACCAAUUCGAGCAUCAACCUAGACUGCUCGUCGAACGCGACCCUCGCGACGAACGUCAGCCCGUUCAACAGCCAGACCGCUUUGAUCGCGGAAAAGAAGGCGCUUCCUCCCGGUAACAACGUGGCCGACGCUAGUACCAAUCACUAUUAUGCGCAGAACCUGAGGAAUAAUCACCAGAAGGCCCUGAACGGGUCUCGCGUAUACGAUCCCCUCGACAAGGAUCACGAUCGCGAUUACAAACAGCUCGAUCCGUUGUUGAACGACGAAUCCCCGUUCGUGGGGGUCGUGGCCAACGAAAGAAAAAUGAGUUCGCAGGACAUCAAGAUGAAGGAAUCGGCGAGUACCGGCAAAAUUCGUGGAACCAUGAAACCCCUCCCGGAUCCUAAACCAUCGAUCAUGCAUUACGCCAGUCAGGUGCUGGCUGCCUUGUCGGUGUCGCUGGGUUCCAUGGUGGUCGGUUACUCGAGUUCCUACACUUCGCCGGGACUAGUUUCUAUGCAGAAUAAUGCCACGACCUCGUUCGAAGUUACCAAGGAAAUUGGUAUGUGGAUUGGCUCGAUCAUGCCGUUGAGCGCGUUAUUCGGCGGUAUCUUCGGAGGCCCGUGUAUCGAAUAUCUCGGCAGAAGAAACACGAUCCUGGGCACGGCUCUGCCGUUUAUCACGGCUUGGCUACUGAUCGCGUUGGCGUCCAAUGUCGCGAUGAUCCUGGUCGGUCGAGCUCUCUGCGGUUUCUGUGUCGGCAUCGCUUCGCUCUCGUUGCCGGUCUACCUCGGUGAAACGAUACAGGCCGAGGUACGAGGCACCCUCGGUUUGUUACCGACCGCAUUCGGUAACACAGGAAUCUUGAUCUGCUUCGUGGCCGGAAUGUACCUGGAUUGGAGAAAUCUCGCGUUACUCGGUGCAAGUUUACCGAUACCGUUCAUGAUACUGAUGUUCACGAUCCCCGAAACCCCGAGGUGGUACAUAUCGAAAGGUAAAACGAAGAAGGCGCGAAAGGCGUUGCAGUGGCUGCGUGGCAAGGAAACCGACAUCACCGACGAACUGACGGCCGUCGAGAAGUUGCACGUCGAGAGCGAACGAAACGUGUCGCAGGGCGCGUUCAUGGAACUCUUCAAGAGAAAUCAUCUAAAGCCGCUUCUCAUUUCUCUCGGUCUAAUGUUCUUCCAACAGUUGUCGGGUAUCAACGCGGUCAUUUUCUAUACCGUCCAGAUCUUUAAGGACGCAGGAAGCAGCAUCGACGAGAAUCUCUCCACCAUCAUCGUGGGCAUAGUAAACUUCAUCUCGACAUUCGUGGCGGCAGCCGUGAUAGACAAGCUGGGUAGAAAGAUGUUGUUGUACGUAAGCGCUGUGUCGAUGUGCAUAACGUUGUUCACGUUCGGCACGUUCUUCUACGUGAAAGAAUUGGGUUCGGACGUCUCGGCGUACGGUUGGAUACCGCUGAUGAGCCUGAUCGUUUACGUGAUCGGCUUCUCGUUGGGAUUCGGUCCGAUCCCGUGGCUGAUGAUGGGCGAGAUAUUACCUGUGAAGAUUCGCGGCUCCGCCGCCAGCGUCGCGACAGCGUUCAACUGGACGUGCACGUUCGUCGUGACGAAAACCUACGAGGACAUGGUGUGGCUGAUGGGGGCACACGGAGCGUUCUGGCUGUUCGGCACGAUCGUCUUGAUCGGAUUCAUCUUCGUGAUCGCUUGCGUGCCGGAAACGCGCGGCAGAUCUCUCGAGGAGAUCGAAAAGAGAUUCACCGGACCGGUGAGAAGAAUGAGCGCAGUCGCGAACAUGAAACCUAUGCCUAUGGGCUGUUAACGGGUCUUCUUCCUCUUCUAUCGAUAGCUAGCCAAUCAAUCCGUUCGUUCCCUAGGAAAUCGUGUCCGAUCGCCUUACGAAACGAACGAUUCGUAUAGUUCCUUCUUCCUACCGAUAAGAACGAGCGACUCGAGACGAUCAAAAUCGUCUUCCGGAUCGAUUCUUUUUCUCUUUCUUUAUCUCUUCCUUUCUUUUUCCCACAAACUCGGAAUUCGAACGCGAUCGCUCUCUGCUUCGAUCUUAUCUCUCUCUCUCUGUCCCUAUUGUCUGGCGCGCUUUCUCUUACCCUUUUAAUAGUAGUACGCGGUAACUCAGUUUUCUACAUGCUCCCUUUCGCGCUUUAAACGCGGAGCGCGAGCAUCCCGAAACGGACUAGUUUUUUCCGAGCUCGAACAAACCGCUUUCGAAUAACCUUUCCGCGCUGGAAGAGAAUCGCCGCGCGAGAUAAAGACGGAGAGCGAGGACGAGACGAAGAAGAGGGAAAAGAAUCUGGCUAGUUCGGCUUGUACGUACUUAUUGUUAGGAGAGAAACGCGAUCGCCGAACGUUUAACGAGGUAGUAGCGAGCGACGCAACGAUCGAUGCUACGAGUUACGAUGCGAGCGUAACCAACGAAAUGAUCGGUCGAUUAGACGUUGCGCGUAACCGUUAUUUUUCUAAUUCGAUAGUUUUACAGGGUCUACCUCAAAUUAGUACUUUUACUAAAGGUAUACGAGUAGGUUAAAGAUAAACGACGAAUGCAAAUUAUUCGGUUAGCAUACGCGUGCACGGAUGCGAUCACGCCGUGACGCGUCGUACUUACGAGAAAAUAACAUACCACGUAUACGUGGUGCCGACAACGAAUCAAUAACGUCAUCGUCGAGAACGAACGGUUUUCGACCAACGCGACGACAAAUUCCAGCACGUGACUAUGUCGGCCAUCGAAUUUGUACAUAUGUAGUUAUAUCGAUUCGCGUUAACGAACAGUUGCAUCAUCCGUCGUCGAAUUAAAUCGUAAGUUAUAGUUGGGAAACGCAGAUAAAAAUAAUGCGCGUCUAUUUUUCGAUCGAUGAAAUUGUCGAGUGGCGAGAUGACGCACGCAGCGACGAACACCGCGAACAAACGAUCCGUGAAUUCGUGAAUUCGCGAAAUGCACCGACCUUAUCUCGUUUUCGUCGAUUAUCGACGUAUAACGUACGGCGGUGACGCGCGAUCCGUUACGUCACGCGUGCGUGUAGGCCUUUAUUCGAAAUAUCGUUUUCCCCGUUGUUUGGAACGCGUCUAGAAGAGAGACGAUCGUCGAUGUCGUAAUCCAUAAGGACCGUUAUGGUCGAUUUGAAUCUCAAUCGUACGCGCCACACCUUUCGUCUUUUUGCUCGCACACUUUUUUCUUUAUGAUUUUCCUAGCAACCGAGCUGUAUACCGCUCUCGUUGCUCCGACGAGAAAAUUCAUUCGUCGUCGCGAUAGCAUUCCGAAUCUCUGUACUAGGACGAAACGAAACGAGCGUCGCGAAACAUUCCUAUAUAAGUACGGUUUAACGUACGAUCUCGGGCAACUAUAUCGCGAGCAAUACGCGUUCCAUCGAGAUUCGUUUCGAACGUCAGCUUGGACGAGUUUACCCUAUUUUGAUAGGUACGCGCUCGUCCAACCGUUUUUACCUUUAUAGCGUUGUUCGUAUUUAUCUGACAAACAUUUGUACCGCGUGCCACUCGGCCGUAAGGGGCUUGCCAAAUUUCUCAACAAUUCGAUGAACAUAUCUUUAAAGUUGUACUACUCGCGUUAAGUUUGUAUGUAAAUUUGUAAGUUAUUAAAGUAUAACGUUUGACACGA